CACAAAGUUCACUGGUAUGUUAACAUAGCUAUCAUUUAUUUUUAGCUAAAGCAAGAAUAAUAGGUUGUUUCGUCUAUUUGUAAGAACGGUGCGCUCUGAGUAAAAAGCGGAGCUGAGUUUAAGGAUCCGCCCUAAAGCCGGUGUAUGGAAACGUGAUCUAAACGCGGCUGUGAAUCUCGUGCUCACUCAUUCGCACUGCAGGCUCUCGCGCAGGCUUUUCUGCUCUAAGAGAGGAGCUAAGACUCUUUAAAAUCACGUUACCCUUAGGACUCAAGGGCAAAGAGUCAUAUAUACAUCACCUACUGCCAAUAUUUAAUAUCGCUGUAAUCCCGGUGCCAUUUCAGACUUUCAGCAUGGGGAAAAAGCUCUCGACAUGGACGCUCCUAGCGGUCUUUUCUCUGCUGGUAGUGAAAGGAAUAAGUCAGGAUCUGGCCUUGGAAGAGGCGUUUGAAAAAGAUGAACUAACUGCCCCACCACCUAAAGUGGACCCAGCAGGAGGAGCAGUGAAACCCAGUCUUAAACCUGUUAAGCCCCCAGUCCAGGAACCAACAAAGCCCAAGCCCAAACAACCAGUAACAGAAGAGAUAUUCACUGAUUUGUUUGACACCACCAUUCGGCCGGGCCUGUUGCCCCGAACACCCCCUAGUCCUCUCCGAACCUCUGUUGGCCCUCGGAAAUCCCAGUCUGAUUUUGGGGACUUCGAUCUUAAAGACGCCCUGAACCCUGACAAUGAUAUCAGAGGAAAUGACAAAGACUCUGGCAAAGGCGGUGCGCAGUUCUCAGACGAAGACCUUGAGGAUGUGGGCAGUGAUAACUCUUACAAACCUGACAAAGGCAAAGGUGGAAGAGGUGGAAGCAGUGGCGGAAGCAGUGACAGAAACAGUGGUGGUGAUUUGGAUCCUGCAGACGACAGCUACAACACCAUGGCUGAGACUGGAACCAUUGCUGGUAUUGUGAGCGCUGUGGCUAUGGCUCUGGUUGGUGCAGUGAGCAGCUACAUCUCCUACCAGAAGAAGAAGUUGUGCUUCAGCAUACAGCAGAGUCUGAAUGCAGAAAUAGUGAAAGCAGAUGCCCCAGAUGCUGUAGUUGCACAGGAGCCACAAGUUCAGCAAACUCUUCUCCAGCCUCCCAAUGCUGAGCCGCCAACAGAAGAGAAUGCAGUGUAAUCUGAAAUGCAUCGUCCAAACUGAAGAGGGCGCAGUUCUAAAUCGUUGUUCUCCAAUUUGAAUGCCACUGUUAUUUCCCAGCGCAUUUGCACCACAAUGCCCUUUUUGAAUUACCAAUGUGACUGUUUAAAUCAACCUUAAAUAUAAUCUGAUCAUUUUUUUAAAACUCUAUUUUAACUCUUCACAUGCAACAAUGCAGUUAGCCUGUUUGCAAUAAUACUGCUAUGAAAUGGAAAACACCUAAUAAUUUUCGAAUGAUUUACAGAGCCCCAAGAAAAAUCAAACAGAUAAUGCGCUACAGUCUUUUUGUUUGUCAGUUUAUCCCAUCAUUCCUAUUGAGCACAAAUGCAUAUUAAUGAACAGUGAUCCGAGUGAUUAAUCCAAGGUUUACAAAACAGAUGAUUGGAUAAUCAUAGAAAUCUGGUUUUAAAGGUCAAGGCUGUUUUCCUUACGCUUUCACAGCAAGACAGGCUUAACAGAUCAGUUGCUGUGAAGUAUACAGUUGAAAAAAAGAUGAAGGAUUUGUGAAGGUUUUUUGUUGUUGUUGAUGUUUUAACAUGAUCUGUAUAUAUUUGCCUUGCUUUCACGGCAGUGUGAAAAGAUUGUCAUACAUAUAUGCAGGUUUUUGUGUCUUAGUGAACUUUUUACUUGAGUGACUUUUUGAGAGAGAAAAAAAAAAUGACGAACAACUGAAGUCAAAAACUAACCAACAGCUGCUUCUUUCUAAUUUGCUUUAAAAUGAAACAAUGACUAAAAUGGGUUUAACUGUGAAGAUGUGUUGACGUGUGUUGAUGAAGAAGCCGUGUUGACUGCAUACGUGUGUGUUAGUUGGAUGUCAGUGGUUGCGAUUCCUUCUUUUGAGGAAUAGUUUGAUUCGGCGAGAUCAGAAUGAGUAGAUAGAUUAGCGUGAACUAAUUUGUGGGUGGAAGUAACCGAAGUUGUGUUUUCAUGUUAGCACAAUACUUAGUCUAGUAACUCUUCGUACCGCUAAUUCUGAUCCAUUGCCUUUUGUGGGGUUUUAAGGGGUUAAUGUGCUUGUAUAUCGCAUAUCGUUUCCAAGUUUGUACUCAAACUGUUGUAUCAGUGUAUCUCUAUUUACACUUGUAGCAGUAAAUGUACAUAAAUGUUUGUGCCCCCCACUCUUUUUGGAUUAUGGGGAGUAGUUUUUUCGCCCUAGCUUAGUGUUUGUACCGUUUGUAGCAUGUUUGAGCUUUAGCUUUGAGACUUUUUAGAGACCUGUUACACCCUCGCUAGUUUUGCUAUUGCCUUAAUGAGUCUCCAGGUGCUUUCCAGUUUUGCUAAUUUUCCCCACUUCCUUUGCCAAGGGUCUGGUGUUUGUGCCACAGAUCUUGACCAGAGCCCUCAUCUCUCCUGAUUUGGAAGGCCACCAUCUGGAAAGGGCAAGUUAGCAAAACCGGAUUAAAAAGCGGCUCUGUCCUUACCAUCCUCUCCCCCACUUGAGAUGCUCCAGAUUUUCCUGUAGCUGUUGUUUUUCACUGUGAAUUCAGGUGCACCUUUGUUACCCCCCAACCCAAGCCCUCGCCAAUGGUGCUUUCCUUCCCAAUGCCUUACCAACAUUAGGGAAGACACGCUAGCUUACUAACACAGCACUAACAGUCACAACCGUUAGAAGGGCUGCCUCACUUGAAUGUCUACAAACUAGACGUACUAGGUUACGUACGUUGUUCCAGUUUAAAGGUGUGGUCACAUUCUCUGAAAUUUCACAGGUAAAAAUGUCCAGCGUCAAAUGCUGUGUGCUCGCGUAGAUCACUUUCAAACCACGUGGCUUUCUGUUGACUUGUGUGGCUAAAAUCAUUUGCCCUUGUGCAAAAUGUGACCUCACCUUAACACUAUUGCAGUUUAAACACAUCUGAAAUAUUUUUUACUCACACAUCCAAGAUAAAGCAGAUUUACAAGUCUUGCGAAUGGUAACGAUGUCAAAGACAUAUCGGCACAGAAUGUUGCCUGGUGCUUUCCUUUAAAGGCUUUGGUAGUGUAUCUAGGGUGAACAUCAACAAAGAGAAUGUCAGCAGAAUGUUAUACUCUCUUUACUACUUUGGCUACCAGAACAAUGUAGCGUUUUUGGUGCUACACUUGUUAGAAAUGAAGAACACCAAAGAUGAAAUGUGGUGGUUUUCCUUUUUUGCAUGUUUUUUUGACUUUGGUGUCUAGUGAUCCAGUGGAAUGAAUUUGAAACAGCUAAGUGAAAGGUACAACAGUCUCGGUUAAGGCAAAUGUGGAAAUUCACAAGUGUCUUGAACAUUUUGGACAACAUUAUCACCUGUUUGUGUUGAACUGCUUCCAGAUUUGUUGCUUGGAUGCAUUAUGUGACUGUUAAAACCUCCCUGAUUCCUUCAAUUGACCAUCUACAUUUCUGGGGACUAGUAGUUCAUAUGGUGGAUGUUACAUUUGUAAGGAUCUCUGGGCUCUCUCUGGUGGUGUUUGGCCAGCAUAGUUGCAAUUUUGUCAAAACAAGGGUGUACGUGCUGAAAUAUACAGAUAUGCAUGUUUUGGAUUCUAGCUGUAGAUAUUAAAGUUUUUUCUCGUGUACUGGGUUUAUUUAUCAACUUGAGAAAAAUGUGUUAUUGGGACAUACGUUUCUAAAGUGUCUUGAUUUGCACUGCCAGUUUAUGGUACUGCCACAGAUCAGACUGUAAUGCUGUAGCUUUAUCUGUCACUGAAUGAACUGAAAUUUGGCUUUGAUGUGAACCUCAGAAAUAUUGACUUUCAGCAUAAAUUCACAGAGUUUACAUCAGUGCCUGCUCACUCCAAUACAGAAUGUGAUGAAAAUGCAAUGAAUUACACAGAUAUCAACUGGCAAUCCUCUUCUAGACAUUUUUAUAUAUUUAAAUGUACUCAAAUUUCACUCUGUAUUUUACUUGGUGGAAAAAGAUCAGCAUAAAGAAACCCAAUAAUAAACAAUUUAUCUUGU